CUAAAAAAUAUAGUAUUAAAGGUAUUCAAAUACACGUUGCCUCGAAAUGGCAACAAAGGAUGAUUAUGUGUCUGAGAUUGAGGCGAUCCAAAAAAGGAAAGUUGCAUUGAGCAAGAAUGAAGAUGAGGGUUCCCCUGAACAACCAACAGAUGGUGAAGCUCGAGUUGGACUCGGUCAAGAAGGUCAUUAUGAUCAGGAGAUCUAUGGCGGUUCGAAUAGUAAAUUUGCAGGAUAUGUAACAUCCAUCGCUCCAAAUGAACAAGAGGAUGAUGAUGAAGUUGAAGAUGUGAAUGCCGCUUUACUGGGAAAACGACAGACAUACACUGCUCCUGCAGCUGUUCUUAACGAUAUCCCACAGAGUGAUGAAUCUUAUGACCCUUUUGCAGAAACUAGAGCACAACCUAUUCUAAACAGGGAAGACCAAUAUAGAAGACAAAGGUUACAAAGAGCUAUAUCUCCUGCACGUCAUGAUCCUUUUGCCGAUGGUGGUAAAACACCUGAUCCUCAAUUGGCGCAGUACAAAGAUGUUAUGACACACCAAGCUCUUACUAAAGAAGAACGGGAAAUUAGAUCGAAAAUUACUGAAAAGCUGAAGUCUGGUGAUGUCCAUGUAAAUGGAAAUGCUAAAGCUGUUCAACCUAACGCUGCACCUGCUCAAAGAGAAAGAAAGAGGCGAUGGGAUGCAACUCCAACCCCUGAUGCACCAAAAAAACGAAUGACAUGGGACCAGGCUGAUGCUUCCACUCCUGGACAUGCACCAACACCAUUGCGAUGGGAUGAAACACCUGGCAGACCAAAAGGUGGCGAAACACCUGGAGCAAUGGUAACACCAGGACAAAGUACCAGAAUGUGGGAUGCCACACCUGGUCAUGCUACUCCAGGUGCUACAACUCCUGGACAUGCAACCCCAGGCAUCGGUGGUACACCGAGUGCAAGUGUAAGGAAAAACAGAUGGGAUGAAACUCCCAAAACGGAAAGAGAAACCCCUGGCAGAAAUAUUGGAUGGGCUGAAACACCAAGAGCUGAUCAUGGAGACGAAUCUGAGAGAAUUCCUGGUGGUACCAGCAAGAGAAAAUCAAGAUGGGAUUUGACACCAGCUGCUGCCACACCGGGAAGUCAAACACCGGGGUCUGCUACUCCAGUUUUUACCCCUGGAGGAACUCCAAGCGCAUUCACCCCAAAAUCAGGAAUGGGAACACCAGGCUCUUUAGGAACACCCUCACUCUUUACCCCUUCAGGUGUCACACCCAUGGGUACAAAAGCAAUGGCUAUGGCUACUCCAACUCCUGGUCAUUUGAUGUCCAUGACACCUGAGCAACUUCAAGCAUGGAGGUGGGAACGGGAAAUUGAUGAAAGAAAUCGUCCACUAUCUGAUGAAGAGCUUGACGGAAUGUUCCCUGAAGGUUACAAAGUUUUGCAACCACCAGCUGGUUAUGUUCCUAUUCGUACACCGGCAAGAAAAAUUACUGCAACUCCAACCCCAAUGGGAGGAUCCACUGGGUUUCAUAUCCAGGUUGAAGACAAGUCGAUGAAGGGAAUUACUGAUCAGCCGACUGGGAAUCUGCCAUUCUUGAAACCUGAUGAUAUUCAGUAUUUUGACAAACUACUUGUUGAAGUAGAUGAAUCAACAUUGAGUUUAGAGGAACAAAAAGAAAGAAAAAUAAUGAAACUUCUACUCAAAAUCAAAAAUGGCACGCCGCCAAUGAGAAAAAGUGCACUGCGUCAGAUAACAGACAAGUCUCGGGAAUUUGGUGCAGGACCUUUGUUCAAUCAAAUUUUGCCAUUGCUCAUGUCACCCACUCUUGAAGAUCAAGAGCGUCAUCUUCUCGUUAAAGUCAUCGACAGGAUUCUUUACAAGUUGGACGAUAUGGUUCGGCCAUAUGUACAUAAAAUUCUUGUCGUCAUUGAACCACUUCUGAUUGAUGAAGACUAUUAUGCCAGAGUGGAGGGACGUGAGAUUAUUUCAAAUUUGGCAAAAGCAGCUGGACUUGCUACUAUGAUUUCCGUAAUGAGACCUGAUAUUGACAACAUGGAUGAAUAUGUGCGUAAUACGACUGCAAGAGCCUUCGCUGUUGUCGCAUCUGCCCUUGGAAUUCCCUCCCUGCUUCCCUUUCUGAAAGCCGUUUGCAGGAGUAAAAAAUCCUGGCAGGCACGUCACACUGGAAUCAAGAUUACACAACAGAUUGCUAUUUUGAUGGGUUGUGCCAUUCUCCCACAUUUGAGAAACUUAGUUGAAAUUAUCGAGCAUGGUUUGGAAGAUGAACAACAGAAGGUAAGAACCAUCACUGCCCUUGCUUUGGCUGCGUUAGCUGAAGCUGCAACACCUUAUGGUAUCGAAUCCUUUGACAGUGUGCUGAAACCUCUCUGGAAAGGUAUCAGAACUCAUAGAGGAAAAGGUUUGGCAGCUUUUUUAAAGGCUAUUGGGUACCUCAUUCCACUUAUGGACGCCGAGUAUGCAAAUUACUACACUCGUGAAGUAAUGUUGAUCCUGAUUCGAGAGUUUCAGUCACCUGAUGAAGAAAUGAAGAAAAUUGUACUUAAAGUGGUGAAGCAAUGUUGUGGAACGGAUGGUGUUGAACCCCAGUACAUUAAAAAUGAAAUUCUGCCUCCCUUUUUCAAGCAUUUUUGGAACCAGAGAAUGGCUCUCGAUCGCCGUAAUUACAGACAAUUAGUUGACACAACAGUUGAAAUUGCAAACAAAGUCGGUUCAGCUGAAAUGGUGCAACGGAUUGUGGAUGAUCUUAAAGAUGAAAAUGAACAAUACAGAAAGAUGGUUAUGGAAACUAUAGACAAAAUUUUGGUGAAUCUCGGUUCAGCGGAUAUUGAUCACAGACUUGAGGAGCAGUUGAUUGAUGGUAUAUUGUAUGCAUUCCAGGAACAGACAACAGAAGACAUUGUGAUGUUGAAUGGUUUUGGUACUGUCGUUAACACCCUGGGUAAAAGAGUAAAACCGUACCUUCCACAGAUUUGUGGUACAGUUUUGUGGCGACUCAAUAACAAAUCAGCGAAAGUUCGACAACAGGCAGCAGAUUUAAUUUCUCGUAUUUCUAUAGUGAUGCGGACAUGUCAAGAAGAAAAAUUAAUGGGCCAUCUUGGAGUUGUGCUUUAUGAGUACCUUGGUGAAGAAUAUCCAGAAGUGUUGGGUUCAAUCCUCGGAGCUUUGAAGUCUAUUGUUAAUGUGAUUGGUAUGCAUAAAAUGACUCCACCUAUUAAAGAUCUUCUACCACGUCUCACACCGAUUUUGAAAAAUCGGCACGAAAAAGUACAAGAAAAUUGCAUAGAUUUGGUGGGCCGUAUUGCUGACCGAGGCGCUGAAUAUGUAAGUGCUCGAGAGUGGAUGAGAAUUUGUUUUGAACUAUUGGAAUUGUUGAAAGCACAUAAGAAAUCAAUUCGUCGUGCAACUGUCAACACUUUUGGUUACAUUGCAAAAGCCAUUGGUCCACACGAUGUUCUUGCAACACUUUUAAAUAAUCUUAAAGUUCAAGAAAGACAGAAUCGUGUUUGUACCACAGUGGCUAUCGCUAUUGUUGCCGAAACCUGCUCUCCGUUCACUGUUUUGCCUGCCCUGAUGAAUGAGUAUCGUGUACCGGAACUGAACGUACAAAAUGGCGUUCUCAAAGCAUUGUCAUUCCUUUUUGAAUAUAUUGGAGAAAUGGGAAAAGAUUAUAUCUACGCAGUGUCUACACUUCUGGAAGAUGCUCUUAUGGAACGUGAUCUAGUUCACCGACAGAUAGCGUCAGCAGCAAUAGGACAUAUGUCACUUGGUGUGUAUGGUUUUGGUUGCGAGGACGCACUUAAUCAUCUUCUCAACUAUGUAUGGCCAAAUAUUUUUGAAACAUCACCUCAUGUUAUCCAGGCUGUCAUGUCUGCUAUAGAUGGAAUGAGGAUUGCUCUUGGACCAGCAAGGUUGUUGCAGUACUGUCUGCAAGGACUAUUCCAUCCCGCUAGGAAAGUUCGUGAUGUGUAUUGGAAAGUAUACAACAGCAUAUACAUCGGAGCACAGGACAGUUUGGUGCCGUCAUAUCCUCGUUUUUAUAAUGACGAGAAAAAUCAGUAUCUUCGUUAUGAACUUGACUAUGUUUUGUAGUGACUCCAUAAAUACAAUAUAGAACUGCAAAACAAACAGAUUCACAAUAUUGGUUGAAAUUUUGUCAUACCUUAAAGGUCAUGGUCAUAAACAGGUCAUAAACUGUUGCAUGGUCGUUAAAUACUUUGAAGGCAAAGUUUGAAGUCAGUGGCAUACUAAAAAUGUAUGAAUUUUCUGUCUCAUUGAAUCCUAACUGAUAUGAUGUGAAUAUUUUCAAUGCAAAAAAACUUCCCCAAAAAUAGGCAAUUUUUCCUGAACUUUUAAAACAUUAAUUUAGUUUGAUUAUUAUCUCAGGCAUAAAUAAACUUUAGCCCCUCUGAUAAAUGUUCCUAGCAAGUUUUCGAUCUUGUAACAUUCAGAGAUUACCAAUACAUACCCUAUUUUCAAGUUGCGCCAUCAUCUGGAGAAUUGUGUCAUAUCACAGAUAUUUCUUUCAAAGCUAACCACAAUUCACUGUACAAAGUUCUUUAAAAAAAAAAAAGAUUUUGAUGUUAUUUAUUCAAAUCAUCAAACAAUUAGUGUAUUUUCCUUGGUAAAUUAUUUGAGCAUUUCUUAAUUUAAGAAUGUGGUGAUUAUCUAUCAUAAGUGGGUUCAGGAAUGAUGUCGAGCUUUUAGAUUUUUACAUGUACAUAUUUUUUAAUCUUUGUUUUGUCGAGUACCAAAUAUUUCUGGAGUAGUGAUAACUGACAAAAAUAUCUUUCAGAUUCUUGGUUUACAUAUUUACUGGAUUUUUUUUAUGUAUGGAACUGAAAAUGAUUUUUACAAAUAUUUUUGGCGUUGGUGAAUGUCUCUUACCAAACAAAUUCGCUUUGAUAGGUUUACAGUUUGUGGGAGUGUUUUUGAGAACUGUCAUAAGUCUCCAGAAAAUAAGACUUGAGUUUUUUUGUAUUGAUAUUGUAUUAGAAUUUCAAUCAUUUUUGAACUACAUCACAGUGAAUUAAGCUAAAUUAUAUUUAGGGCAUAAUAAUGGCUUUAUUUGGUGAUUUCACUCAUUUUUUUCAUUAUACUAGGUUUGCUAAAUUAAUCUUUGGUUUAUGACUGCUCUGCAGUGACUGGUUUGAUGAAUUAUAUGGCGACCCAAUACGUAUCUUCGACCAAACAAUAUUAAUGGACAGUUCUACUGCCGAAUUAGAUUUCAAUCCCAAUCAAUGCGACUUAUUAGUCGCAUCUCGUUGUCUGCUUAAUAGUCCCUCUGGAAGAUAAAUAAUAAAAUGUACAGUUGGAACUUUGUA